CAUCAUUUUAGAUAUCUCUGUUCAUCAUAGUCAUAAAGAUGUGGAUCAGUCCGAGGUUGUAGCAAGCGGUUUUUGUUUAUUUAAAAGAAAAAAGAAAAUACUAUGAAUGAGUAUAAUUGCAUUGCUGUGUAAUAGUUGCAACCCAGCUAGGUUCGUUUUCUCUAAUAUAAAGUUAUACCUGCUGUAAUCAGACAAACAGAAAACUGUCACUAAUUCUGUCAAUCAUCAAGCUUGGCUCCCUGAGCAGUCGCAUGCCUGAGCAAUCAGUGGAGAGACGGGCCCUCUCACCGCCUUCCAAGCAUUAACACAGAGUUAUAAAGUAACCUGUGGGGACAGUCACCAUGGAAACUUGCCUCAUUACGCCAAAACCGAGAAAUAUAAAGCAAGAGAGGGGGGCACGCACCUGCCAUUUCACAACACAACUUUGCAGGAAUUUCGUUUGUACAGUUAAGCAGAAUUAAGGGGGAAUACUCUUUGUUUAGGUUAAGUCAAACCGUAACCGAACAAUUUAACAGGAUCGGAUGCAAGUGGACAUUUCUGAAGAGUGCAUACCCUCAUCUUCAGUAGUGCAUAUUUAACCAUAUGUAUGGACCCCUGGACAUUCAGAUGGGGUGAGGAGUCAGGCCUGGAUUAUACCCUGGAAAGCAGGUCAAGAAAUGGAGUUUAAUGCAGUUCCUUGAGGAGCCUAUUUUGAUAUAUAACUUACCUUGGCUGGGAAUAUAAAUGCACCAUGGGGAACAGCAACUCCAGGCCAAAGAUUUGCCAGGUUGCACCAUCUCAUAGUCAACCAAUGGAGGAUGAGCCUUCACUGUUUCCAACCUCACCAUGGAUGAUCACUGCUGUUAAAGGUACAGAGAUGCAAGAGAAAGGGAUUGUGGGACAGAGGAAGACCAACCAUCUGCCUCCUUUGACAGGAAGACACAAAAUACCUAAUUCUGUUCAUUUAGAACCAGGAUCUCAGAGUGUCUGUGAUAAAACUGGUCACAGCAUUAAUAAGUCUCAUCCACCACAACCAGCAAAGGGAUGGCAACCAACGACCCUUGCUAUAGGGGCUGAUGUGAAUCCUGCCAAACAUGCAUGCAAGACAUACAAAACUGAGUCUGAGGACAGGGAAUGGAGAGAUGGGCCUGUCCACUGCUAUUCCACUCUCAGCCUGGGAGGGCGCUGUGGCACAAGCAAAACACUACAGGGACACAUGAAAGGUCUCCUGCUGGCACAGACGAUGCUCAGUUGCCAAGCAACCAAGAAGCGGCAAGCUCAGCAGAGGUGCUUUAGGGAAAGUCAAGGGAAACAGAAGAGGGUGUACACCUCUUAUCUGGAAGGAGAUGAGAUGGAAGGAGGACGGAGGGUUCGUCUUGUGUCCAGGCCAAUGCAACAAAACAUCUUCUGGGAUGAGUCUGAAGGACAGAUUCUGGAUGUAAGGGAGCUGUUGCAGCCAAGUCCACAGGUGGCAGACCCAAACGUGGGAGACACAAUGAGUGACAAACCAUUAAUGGAAAAUGGAAUUAGAAGACCAGAAAUGUAGAGGUCUGGGGAAGGAAUGUUGUCAUAAGAAUUCCCUGAAUUCUCCAAGGAGCAGAAUAAAUCUGGACAGAGGUGUGACAGGAGCUGUGCAAGGAAUUGCAAUGCAAACAUGAUGUUACUUUACUCUGGUUCCUCCGUGAAAAUAUAUCUACAGGAAGAACGGGAAAUUACCAAGAGGCCUUUACAGGCAGUCUCCAAAAAGCACAGUUAGUCUGAGAGGCUUCAAGCACAAGUGUACAUGAAGGAAUGUUUCAAUCUAAUUUGUACUGCAUCUGUGGCCUGUUGUCUAUUACUCAGACAACAUUAACUCAUCCUUUGGUUCAUAAAUGUGAUUACAGUCGUACACUUCUAGUACAACUACUACAACUUCUAGCAAGCAGGCCAUACCUGCUUAGAAUUCCUGUGGCGUCUGCAGAAUUCAAGUGCAAGUCAGCAGUGCUUUACAGAUAGACUUUGAUUGUUACAUUUAUAGCCAGGUGUAAAUUGAAGGAAUUUAAUCUGGAAUAGUUCUUUAACAGGAAUGAGAGCGUAACCUGGGCUGCUGAAGCAAAGCUUGCAACAUCAAUCCCGAUUUUACAAAUUUGCUUGUUCUGUGGUGAUGCUUGAGCCUAUUUGAGCGCCUUGGGCUGCAGGGAAACACCUUGGAUGCACAGCCAGUCCAUCGCAGGCCUAAUAAACACUCACACAUGAAUGGCAAUUUAUUGAGUCCAAUUCACCUCUCUCGCAUGUCUUCGGAUUGUGGAGGAAUCUGGAGGAAACCCACACCAACAUGGGGAGAACAAACUCGACACAGAAUGUCCUGCUGACUCAAAAGAGACUCAAACUUGUUGUGAGAUGACAGUACAACUAUCCCAAGAGCCAGAAUCCUAGAAGUUUAAGUCAUUAGAUCAUUAUCCCCUUGCAACUGAAUGACGUAACCCAUUUCCUCCCAUUAUUUUUUCCAAUAAAAAAGGUGUUCCAUGUAAUGUUUAUGAUCGUUUUCUAUCCUGCAGGCAUUGGUCUUUUUUAACAAGGCACAAUUUUUGAGUUAAAAAUGAAAAUUUGCUUAAAAUGUACUCAGCCCAAAGAUGUAGAUGGGUUUCUUUAUCGAAACAGUUCUGGAAAAAAAAAAUAGCAUUACAUCACUUGCUCACCAGUGGAUCCUCAGCCAAAGUAAAUUUUAAGCAAGUUUUCAUUUAUGGGUGAACUAUCCAGACAGAUAUAUUAAAGUCAUUCCACAAUGCUUUUUUCCCCAGCCUAAAAAAAGGAAGAUUUGCAUUUUUUAAAUAAAAUGAUCAGGAAAAUCAAAGGUUGAAGUGGCUAACCAUCAAACAACUUAUGAAAAAGUAAUAUAAAUAAACUUUACACUGGCAUAAAACAAUUGUUACACGUGAUGUGGUAUUGUGAUUAUGCAAAACAAAUGGUGUCUAAAGACCUUAAAGUCAGAGCAUGUAAAUCAUUAUGCUACAUUUGCAUUUUGACUGUAAAAUAGGAGUGGAUGUAGUCUGAGGAAUAAAAAAAAUCUUGUCAUGUGAAUUGGUCUUGUGCAAUUAUUAUGUUAAAAUAAACACUGUGGUGGUUUUGAGUACAGCUGCCUCCUCUUGACAACAAACAUUAAUUUUAACAGAUUUAAAUUAGUGUACUUAUACAUACAAAUAAACAUUCAUGGAUAAUCAAGUACCUCUGAUGCUAUAAAUAACUGCAGAUACUACAUUUGUGUUCAGCUAAAUGUCAAACUUAGCCACUUUUGCAGCAAUUAACCUUUUUUUUUUACUGGAGUAAGCAAGGUUUAAAGGUCAGGUUUGUAAUUGCUGCACUACUAGCAGCAUCAACAAUCAUUUUUAAAAUGAUGUUGCAAACAAGUUCCAAACAAUUCCCUGGCUACUAUUGUUCAGCCAAACAUGUGGUUCUGCCCACAAAAAAAAAAAAAACACUAUGUUUGGACACAAACAGAUUCUGCUUGAUUGCCACAUAAAUUACACACUUAACCUUAAACCACAUAAUUAAAAUCAAAUGGAAAUCGUUGCAUUACAAAUUAAACAUCAUAAAUGAUAAGUCCCUAUUUCUCCUUCCAGAAAGAACAAGCUACAAAAUUAGCUUAAAAAUCAAAUAAUUUAUUUAUAAUUUUUAAACCAGGUCUGUUGUCCACUUGAAAACAAAGAAACUUUUGCAAGACAUUUUGUCAAGGGUGAAAGUGGGAGAAAGAAGGGUGGAGAAAAUAUUAAUCAACAUGCAAACAGUCGCUCUUUCCCCAACAAAAUGGAUCCAUGUUUGUGGAGCAGGUCUCACUUGUCCAAAUCAGCUGAAAGUACAAGAGUAACACUAACUACAACAUAAACUCCACCGUUUACAGGGAUGAGAAUUAGCCACAAGUGCAGAUUCAAAAUUAGUCCCAUCAAAGAAUAAUUCGCCAAAACAAAAGCCAGUCAGAUUAGUGUCCACAUCAUCUAAAUAUGAGAUUUUACCCAGCUAGAACCUGCCAGCUGUUCGGUCUAAAGCUGUUAAAUGGCCAUGAGAUUUGAUGGACAGUUUACAGUAAUAUAAUCCAUAAGUCAGAUAUUGGCAGUGCAAAAAAAAAAAAACGUGCCAACCACAAUUUUAAACAAUUAGCGUUCAUCCAAUACAAAAACAUGGGCAGCAUUGAAUGGUGAGGACCGACAGUCGGAAAUGCAUUAAUGUCUGUCAAGGUUGGCACCUUGUGAAAGGCUUUGAAUUUCAUUAACAGGAUAGUUCACCAAAAAAAGAAAACUGCCAUAAUUUACUCACCCUAAUGUAGUUCUGAACCUGUAUGACUUUUUCUUUAAGCAGAACAUUAAAGAACAUAUUUUGCUUUUGUCCAUACAAUAAAAGUCAGUGAGAUCCAAUGUUGUUUUGAACCCAAGCGACUCUUAACUCCAUGGACAAAAAACCCUGAUUUUUCAAAAUAGCUUCUACAGAAAACAAGAAUGCACAGGUUUGGAACAAUAUGAGGGUGAGUAAAUGAUGAUGUGAAUCUAAACUAUCCCUUGAUUUCAGACUAAAUUUACAUCUGCAAUCUAAAGACUGAUUUUGAUGGUCUGUUUAGAUGAAAACUACUCAAAGGCUCUCAAAUUUUUACCAUCGAUUGUCCACAAAUCAAAAGGAAUAAAGUCCUUACAAAGACAGGUUGGCUGUUAAUAACCACUGGGACCUUGAAAGGAGCCCCUGACAAGUGAAAGGAGAAUUGAACACAAACCAAACACCUGAGCCUUACUGACAGACAGCACACGGUCUGAUGCGUCAAAGGGGACUGAUGGGACAUUACAUUUCUGGGAGAUGUACUACAAUUUGGGCAAAAAAAAAAAAAAAACCACGCAACUAAACAAAACAAAACAAAACAAAA